GAGGCAGAGAGCCAGGCUGCCUCUUGUGCCAUGACUGCGCAGAGGGAGCGGCAGCUGGGCAGCCUGACCGUCUUCAACAGGGAGGAUUUCGAGGAUGACUGGGUGAAAGUGGCCAGUGGAGGCUUUGGGCACGUGUACCAGGUGAAGCACAGGAGGUGGAGGACAGUUUAUGCCGUGAAAUGCUCCCCGUACCUGCUGCAGGACUCCGGCAUGGACAGGACCAGCAUGAACUGUCUCAUGGAGGAGGCAACCAAGAUGGAGAAAAUCAAAUUCCAGCACAUUGUCACCAUCUAUGGGGUCUGCAACAGCCCUCUGGGGAUAGUGAUGGAAUACAUGGCCAGGGGGUCCUUGGAGAAAAUUCUGCCCACUCACAAAAUGUCUUGGCAGCUCAAAUUCCGGGUUAUCCACGAGAUGGGCUUGGCUAUGAACUUCCUGCAUAGCAUGACACCCCCUUUGCUGCACUUGGAUCUCAAACCAGGGAACGUUCUCCUGGAUGGGAAUAUGCACGUCAAGAUCUCAGACUUUGGGCUUUCCAAGUGGAUGGAGCAAUCCAGCAGAAUGCAGUACAUUGAGAGCUCUGCUCUGAGGGGCACUCUGAGCUACAUCCCCCCCGAAAUGUUCCUGCAGAACAGCAAACCCCCGGGAAUCAAAUACGAUGUGUACAGCUUCGGGAUCGUCAUCUGGGAGGUGCUGAUGCAGAAGAAACCCUAUGCAGGAGCCAACAUGAUGGCCAUCAUCGUCAAGGUGGCCGCGGGGAAGAGGCCGGGGCUGGAGCUCAUCAGCGACGACUGGCCCGGGGAGUGCCAGCAGAUGGUGGACUUGAUGAAGAGGUGCUGGGACCAAGACCCCAAGCAAAGGCCAAGUUUUUCAGAUAUCCCUGUGGAGACAGACAUGCUGCUGGCACUGAUACAGAGCCUGGUGGUGGACCCGGAGAACGAGCGCCUGGUCAGGAAGAUGUCCCACAAACCUGCCAUCUCUGGGAACCAGCAGAGUGACAAAGAGGAGUUCACCUUCCCCCGAGACACCAGGAGUGGUGAAACAGAUAACCAGGAGGUUCCUCUCCCACCUCCCUACAGCGAGGCUGAAAGCCCGGAGGAGAUCCUGUCCGAGGAGAUCUGCAGGGUCCACGAGAACGGGCUCACCCUCCUCCACCUCAUGGUGAUCCAGGGCAACGUGGAGAAGGUGAAGUUCCUGCUGGGCUGCAAAGCCAACGUGAACAGCCAGGUGGGCUGUGGCUACACCCCGCUCAUCAUGGCCGUGCAGAAGAGGCUGCCAGAGAUCUGCUCCGUCCUCAUCGAGCACGGCGCCGACCCCAACGUGCCGGACGAGGACGGCUGGACCCCCCUGCACUUCGCCGCCCAGAGCGGGGACGACAGGAUCGUCCGGCUGCUGCUGGACCACCAGGCCCGAGUGGACGCCCAGGAGCAGGACGGGUGGACCCCCCUGCACCUGGCGGCACAGAACAACUUCGAGAACGUGGCGCGGGUGCUGCUGUCCCGCCAGGCCGACUCCAACACCCAGGAGGGGGACGGGAAGACCGCCCUGCACGUGGCGGCCUGCUUCGGCCACGUGGGGCUGGUGAAGCUGCUGGCCAGCCAAGGGGCCGACCUGGAGAGGAAGCAGAAGAACCACAGGACCCCCCUGCACGUGGCCGUGGAGAGGGGCAAGUUCAGGGUGGUGCACUACCUGCUGAAGAACGGGACCUGCGUGAACAGCCUGGACCAGAACCACUACAGCGCCCUGCACCUGGCGGCCGUCAGGGGCAAGCUGCUCAUCUGCGAGAAGCUCAUCAAGCACGGGGCCAACGUGGAGCUGAGGACGGACAAGGGCUGGACCCCCCUGCACUUGGCCUCCUUCAAAGGGCACGUGGAGAUCAUCCGGCUGCUGCGGCGCAGCCGUGCCCGGCUCAGCGCCCGGGGCAGCAUGGACUGGACCCCCCUGCACUUGGCCACCCGCUACGGCGACGAGCCCGUGGUCAGCGAGCUGCUGCGGGGAGGGGCGGACCCCGACGUGCCCGAGGGGUCGGGCUGGGCCCCCCUGCACUUCGCCGUCCUCAGGGGCUCCUUCCUCACCGUCAUCAACCUCCUGGAGUGCGGGGCCGACGUCAACGCCAGGAACAAGGUGGGCUGGACGCCCCUGCACCUCGCCGUGCUCAAGGGCAACAUGGCCAUCGUCAAGACCCUGAUCAAGGCCGGGGCUCUGCUGGACGUGGAGGACAUCACCGGCUGCACGGCCCUGCAGCUGGCGGUCAGGCACCAGAGGGAAAACAUCAUCACCCUGCUCCAGGGCAAGGACUCGGUGCUGAGCAAAGCGGGGAGCAGGACUCUGGUGAACGACGCGAAGGUUGCGAGACCCAGACUCGUUCCAGGAAGGACAGAUCUGUAAAUUCAUCAGCCCUGGCAUUUGUGACUUGAGUCUCCCAGUGUCAGGUGCUAUCCCUUAAAGCCCCUUGUCCUGUCACCUGGUGGUUACUCUCCUCUUUUUAAAGGGAAGUUUCUAAGCAUGAACAGUAAAAAGAAAAAUGAAGCUGCAGAAGGAAGCUGACAAGUUAUUUUCCAGGGUCUGGCCAAGCUUGUAGAACAUUUUGCCUUGGUGAUGUUGGCUUUAGGCAAUGCUUUCCUGUUUAAUACUUGCUGUGCAGGGAUGGAAAGGGGUAUGUGUAGUCCCUGUUGAUAUGGGCAAUGCUGAAGCUGUGCACAGCACAUAUACAUGUCUUCCAUGGAUUUAAUUGCUUUUAUUCCAUGUUUUCCUACAGAGAAAAUUGGUGUUAAAAUGACCUCGGCACAGGUGGGAAUUGAAUCAUGAGAUUCUCACCUGCUGCUGGAAAUAGACACCAAACAUAUGGCACAGCACUGAGUCAGGUCGCUGACAUCUCAUUUUUGUAACAAGAAUUAAAUAAAGCAAGGAAGGAAAAAAAAAAUCCCUAGUGGAGAGUAUUUAAAUGGAUGCAGCACAGAGAAAAGGAAUUCCAGGAUAAUGCCACUCCAUCCCUUCAGUGCUUUGAGGGCACUGCUCUGCUGCCAGUGCUUUCCUCACUCCUCAG